CUUUAAAUGCCAAUUUUUUUCACAAAGAAAGAGAGAGAAUCCUUUCACUGCCCCUUUUUCAGGUUUUCUGUUUCUUUCAAUAAAAACACAAAUAAACACUUCUUCUCAACCCAACCAUUUUUCUUCUCUUCUCUUGCUUUGUUCAUAUGGCUAUUCAAGCGCAAUUGUAUACGGAUAAUCUUGGCUUCUCGUUAGGUAGUUCAAUGGAGAAUGCUUGUGGAUUUAAUCAAUUUUGUUUUGCUACUCAGCAACAACAACAGCAACAGAGUUUUAACCAGAAAUUCAUGAAUCAGAAUUUGAUGAAUAACAACAUGACUGAAUCAAUGCCUUUUUCACAGUUUCUAAUCACUCAGAUGGAGAAACAGAGGAUUGAAAUCGAUCACUUCAUCAACUCACAGAAUGAGAAAUUGAGAUGGAUUUUAAACGAGCAGAAAAAGCAACAACUAGGAUUGAUUUGGAGAAAAUACGAAUCGAGACUUGAGUUUUUGCUGAAACACAAGGAUGAAGAAAUCGUUAAAGCAGGGAGCAGGACAAAAGAGCUAGAAGAAUACUUGAAAAAAAUGGAGAUGGAGAAUGAAGCAUGGCAGAGAAUCGCGAAUGAAAACGAAGCUAUUGUCAUGUCAUUAAACAACACAAUCGAACAACUAAGAGAAAGUGGGUAUUGUUUGUCCACCAAUGGAGAAGAUGCAGAAUCUUGCUGUGAUGUUCAUGAUGAAGAUGAACAAAAGAUGAUUUGCAAAAGCUGCAAUUCUCGAUCUUCGUGCAUGAUUUGCUUACCCUGUAGACAUCUUUCUUCAUGCAAAACUUGUGAUUCUCUUCUCCGUCAAUGCCCUGUCUGUGGAAUACCUAAGAAAGCUGCCAUUGAAGCCAUGUUUUGACCCCCCCCAAAAAAAAAAGCAAAAACUUUGGUAAAUGGGUAGUUAAAUUUAUUAAUUUCUUUUAUGUUUUUCUUUUUAACUCUUUUUUUUUUUUAUGAAAUCCCCUGCUGAUGAAAUGAUGAAUAGUUUACCAGUGUUUAGUGUACAGUGAAACAAUGAGUAUCUUUUUUUACUCUUUUUUGAAGACUUCACUUUUUUACCUUUU